AUGGGGGGCAAGUCCGCUACCAAGGCCGCUUACUUCGAUAAGCUCAAGGCCCUUCUCGAUGAGUACCGCACCAUCUUCAUUGUCGGUGUCGACAAUGUGUCUUCCCAGCAGAUGCACGAGAUCCGUAUCUCCCUCCGUGGAGAGGGUGUCGUCCUGAUGGGAAAGAACACCAUGGUCCGCCGUGCUCUCAAGGGUUUCGUCACUGAGAACCCUGAGUUCGAGCGCCUGCUGCCCCACGUUAAGGGCAACGUUGGUUUCAUUUUCACCAACGGCGACCUUUCCGCUGUCAAGGAGAAGAUCCUUGCCAACCGUGUCGCUGCCCCCGCCCGUGCCGGUGCCUUUGCUCCCGGUGACGUCUGGGUCCCCGCCGGUAACACUGGUAUGGAGCCCGGUAAGACCUCUUUCUUCCAGGCUCUUGGUGUCCCCACCAAGAUUGCUCGUGGUACCAUUGAGAUUGUCUCCGACCUCAAGCUUGUUGAGGCCGGUAGCAAGGUCGGUGCCUCCGAGGCCUCCCUGCUCAACUUGUUGAACAUCUCUCCCUUCACCUACGGUAUGAGCAUCCAGCAGGUCUACGAUGGUGGUCAGUGCUUCAGCGCCGAUGUCCUCGACAUCACCGAUGAGCAGCUCCUCAAGGCCUUCAGCCAGGCGAUCUCCACCAUCACCUGCCUGUCCCUUGCUACCAGCAUCCCCACCCUGCCGGCUACCAUCCACUCCGUCAUCAACGCCUACAAGAAGGUCCUCGCCGUCGCUGUCGAGACCGACUACUCCUGGCCCGAGAUUGAGGAGCUCAAGGACCGCAUCGCUAACCCCGAUGCUUACGCCUCUGCUGCUCCCGCCGCCGCCGCUGCCCCCGCUGCCGGUGACGCCCCCCAAGGAGGAGGCCGCCGCUGA